AUGCCAGAGACGCAGAUAUGGCCACCGUUUCUCAAUUCCUAUCCCCCGCAACUGCAGCAGAUUUCCAUCCUGCAAGCCGUAGCCCUGGUUGCAGCGGUGUGCUUGCUGCGGCAUAUCGGGGCCCUCCGUUCCAAGCCGUCGGUCGAGGCUCCCUACGCCGGCUACCGGACCUUUUGGGAACCGACCUGGCUGGUCCGUCUGCGCUUCGUGUGGGCUGCCCCAACCAUUAUUCACCAAGGAUACAGCCAGUUCAAAGACUCCCUCUUCCAGAUCCGACGCAUCGGCGCGGACAUCCUUGUCCUCUCGCCCAAGCACGUCGAGGAGGUCCGCAGUCUCUCCAAGGAUAAGACGCGCUCCGUCGAGCCCCUUUUCCAUGACUUUGUCGGCGACUACACGCGAGGCAGGGAGUUCUUGGAGAGCGACCUGCAGAACCGGGUCAUACAGCAGAGGUUGACGCCGCAUCUCGACGCUCUUACCGAUCUGAUGCGGUCCGAGCUGGAUGUCGCGCUGGAAAAGGAGAUUCGCUGCGGCGGCAAAGAUUCGUGGACGCUCGUCGACAUGAACCGCGUUUUGGCCCGUAUUGUCGGCCACGUUACAGCGAGGGUGUUUCUAGGACCGGAAGAAUGCCGCAACGAGGAGUGGCACACGGCGACAACCGAAUACAGCGAGAACCUCUUCAUCACCGGCAUGAUCCUGAGAGUGGUUCCCUGCUGGCUUCGGCCGUUCGUCGCCCCCGCCCUGCCCACCUACCGGCGACUGCUCGGCAACGUCGCCUCGGCACGAACAAUCAUCGGCAACAUCGUGCAGAAACGUCAGUCCCUGCGCCAAGAGUUGGGGUCGGCGUAUAUAUUCCCCACUGACGUCCUCCAGUGGACGAUGGAUGCGGCCCGGGGCCAGGAGCGGGACGUCAGCAACCUGGCCCAGCGGAUGCUUACCCUCAGCCUGUCCGCCAUCCACACAACGGCCUUGACCAUGACGCAGGCGCUGUACGAUCUGUGCAGCCACCCAGAGUGCCUUGAGCCGCUCAGGGCCGAGAUAGCAGACGCGCUGAUCGACGCGGAUGGACGAGGAAAAGCUAUGCUACAUCGCCUGUACAAGCUAGACAGCCUCCUCAAGGAAUCCCAGCGGUUCAGCCCCGUGUUUCUCCUGACUUUCAACCGCAUUUUUCAUCAGCCCAUGACGCUCUCGGACGGCACGUUUCUCCCCGCCGGAACCCGCGUUGCUGUGCCGUCAAACGCCAUGCUGCAGCAACCCGAGCAUGUUCCAGGACCAGCCAAGCCGUCCGAGUUUGACCCCUUUCGCUACUCCAACCUGCGCAACGACCCUGUCCUGGGGCCGCAGUACCAGCGCUUCAUGUGUGCCAUGACCAACUCGAGCAACAUGGCCUUUGGCUACGGGAGAUAUGCGUGCCCCGGGCGAUUUUACGCCGUCAAUGAGAUGAAGCUGAUCCUGGCUACUCUGCUUCUGCGGUACGAGCUCAAGUUUCCGGAGGGCGCCAAGAGGCCCAAAAACUUUACCGUCGACGGCGACAUGUUUCCUGACCCGAGGGCCCGGCUCCUGAUCCGGGAGCGAGUACCGUGA